GCUGGGUAACGCAGGGCAAGACGCGAACAGAGUUCGACCGAUUGAAGGAGGGCCUUGGCUACGAGCAUGCCAGCGAUCAAACAUACCACCAGUAUUCUCGGUGGUGCAGGGGCCAAUUUGGGGAAGCCUGGAUGUCUGGGCUUUGUGGGCGGGAAGUGGAACAGCUGGAUCUUCUUUGGCUCCAGACUGAGGUUGGGGAACGAAAUCGGCUCAUCACCGACGUUGUGAAGUCUAUUGGUCGCGGGGCUCAUCGAUCAGAUGGGCUUGCCCCAACGCUGACGACCAACAGCAAGAUCUACGAUUUUCGUUACCACCGCUUACUGACGCCGCCAGAUCUCUUGGCUUUGCAUGGGUUCAACCUAGACACGGUUGUUUUUCCGUCGCAGCUCAAGAGAUCAUUCUACAGCCUUCUGGCAGGAAAUGCUAUGUCUGUUCCGUGCAUCGGAGCAGUCUUGACAGCUGUCCUUCUGACCUGCAACCUGCGUGAGCAAUUUGGUUUGCACCUCACCCCAUCUCCAUCAGUAGGGAACCUGCAGAAUGGAGAAGCCGAAUCUGAAAGUGAUAGUGGUGACUCCAACGGUUCCACCGAACCUGGAGGAUUUUCUCAAGAGGUUAGGGACAAGUGGCCAACAAUUUCACAUGCUGGCUCUGGCGUCUCACCCAAAGACUUGGAAGGGUUGCUGCGCCAACCGCCAGGCACUGUUUUGUCUUUUUCGCCGGCUUAACUUCAACAUGAUGCAGCGAGAAGAUGAAAA